UCAACUUAACCUCCUCAAAAUAAUACAAAAAACACUUUUUUAAGUAAAGUGGGAAGUUUCAUCUUCUUAAUAUAACUUAAAGUUAACCUUUUAUCAAUUAAUAACAUUUAAAUUGUCGUUUAGUUUAUUAAUUUUCCUUGCCUAAACAAACGAAUGUCUAUCAGUUAAGGAGUUCAGUAUUUAGGUUGGCUAAGUACAUUAUCUUGCAUAGGCCUAGGCCUUGUUGUUUUAGAACCAUACUUUACCCUUGUUAAGUUAUUGUUCAAGUAAUAAUUUCUUCGCUGAGCUUUAAAAAAAUAAUAGGCCUAAUAAAAUUGUUGCAAGAUAUUUCAAAAUGCCAGCAAGUGCAGAUGAUAUUAAAGCUCUACUUCGUGAACGUUUGGAAGCUGUUCAUGUGGAGGUUACAGACGACUCAGAUGGAUGUGGGGCUAAGUUCACUGUACUCGUAGUAUCUGACAAAUUUGUUGGAAAGUCAAGACUUCAAAGGCACAGGUUGGUACACGCGGCUUUGGCUGAAGAACUGAAGAGUAUUCAUGCCUUUUCACAACAAGCAAAGACAAGUGAAGAAUGGGAAAGUUCAAAAUGAAAUUUGAAAUUUAGCCAUAAUUUUUUACUUACAUAAUAAAUACUUGUA